AUGUCGAGCCAGAGUGCCUCACCAACGCCAUACUAUCGACGCGAUGGUGUCACGAUCUACCACAAUUCGACGUCAGUGGUGGCUGUCAUCGAAGGUAUCACCAUUGUGGUUAUCUUCCUCGGAGCGUUGGUCGCCAAUCUGAUCGCGAUGGUGACGAUUCUUCGAGACAAGGUUAUGAGAAGGAACCUACAUAACUGGCUCAUCCUGAACCUCAUCAUAAAUGAUCUUGGCUUUACAAUCAUGAACAUAUCAUUCCUGGUAGUAUCUGUGUUCGACCAAGGCUAUUUUCUCCUUCACAACAAAGCUGUGUGUUUUAUUCAAGGCAACGUUCUUUUUGCCUUCGGGAACUUUGUCACAGUCUCGGCAAUCUCCGUGGACCGCUACUUGGCCGUAGUCUGGUCGACCCGCUUCCCUCCUUCCAAAUCAAGAACCAUCGUCUUUAUCGUCUUCUGUUGGGUCGCCGCCAUUGGAUUCUUCUUACCCUCCUUAUUGAGAGCCUUGAGAGGCGUCUCUUCGAUCGGGUAUAAAACAAUUUCCCACAGCUGCCCUCCAGAGUUUCAGGAAAACUGCAUCUCUGGCACCACCUUUAACGUCAUCAUCUUUCUAGUCAUCGUACCUACGAUGGUUUUCUGCUAUGUUGGUGUGUUCCUGAAAGUGUGGCGUCAACAACGGUUGCUUAAGUCCUACCCCGACGCGAAACCUAGUGUCGUGAGCAACGUAUGUUCCGUUGAAGACAACGACGAUGACGACCACGACCACGACCGUGUGUCCCAUGCUGACAAUGACAUGCAAAUGGAGGUCAUUGACCAGCCGAUUGAAGGGCCUACCCCAUCGGAUCUUACCCCAGAGCCUAUGGACUUCUCCCAGUCUUCAAACACCGAGGAACCUGACACUGAACAUGCUGAAGGAGAAAUCGAGGAAAAUAAGACUAUUCAACAGGGAAAUGUGAUAACAGGAAUCAAGAAAAAAGAUCAUAGGACCAUGCAGAAGAAACUCAACAUUGACAGAAGAGUUGCCCUGACUGGAACCCUACUGGUGCUAACCACCGUGGUUUGUUGGUCACCGUACUGCAUCGUUAACUCUUGUCUCCUAUCCAUCAACAUCCCCCAUUGGAUGGGCGUGGCCACGGUGUGGCUAGGUUACUCCAACUCCCUAUUCGAUCCUCUAAUCUACACGUUCAUGAAUAAACGAAUUGCAGCCCGUUACCGGGACAUGUUCAGACGUUGGUCGACUGGAUUGAAUACAUUGAUUAGAUGCAACUCCGGAGAAGCAUGA